UUUCUAACCGGAAAUACUUUUGAAACUUAACGAUAAUUUGAACAAAAGUUACGCACGUUCCUUCAACAGUUGACAAACAUUUUUUGUGCAUCUGCAGUGUUCUCAGCACUGCUAGCUCCAGGAAUACAAGGUGAAAUCGACAUCAAGGCUGAACUGUACCAUUUAGAAGAAUGGAAGCGAAUGCAUCUGUUGAAAUGUUUUCAAAAGUCCUAGAGAAUCAGUUGCUUCAGACAACCAAGCAAGUGGAAGAACAUUUGGAUUCGGAAAUUCAGAAACUGGAUCAGAUGGAUGAGGAUGAGUUGGAACACCUCAAAGAAAAGAGACUCAAGGCACUGAGGAGAGCUCAGCAGCAGAAACAAGAAUGGCUUUCAAAAGGACAUGGGGAAUACAGAGAAAUCCCUAGUGAGAGAGACUUUUUUCAAGAAGUCAAGGAGAGUAAAAAAGUGGUUUGCCAUUUCUACAGAGACUCCACAUUGAGGUGUAAAAUACUAGACAGACAUUUGGUGAUACUGUCCAAGAAACAUCUUGAGACCAAAUUUUUGAAGCUGAAUGUGGAAAAAGCACCUUUCCUUUGCGAGAGACUGCAUAUCAAAGUCAUUCCCACGCUAGCACUGGUGAAAGAUGGGAAAACACAAGAUUUUGUUGUUGGAUUUUCUGACCUAGGAAAUACAGAUGACUUCACCACAGAAACUUUAGAAUGGAGGCUGGGUUGUUCUGAUAUUCUCAAUUACAGUGGAAAUUUAACGGAGCCACCAUUUCAGAGCCAAAAGAAAUUUGGAACAAACUUCACAAAACUGGAAAAGAAAAUUAUUCGAGGCAAGAAAUAUGAUUCUGACUCUGAUGAUGAUUAAUUCUUUGUAAAUCGUCUCCUGACUUCAGAAUUAGAUGUGUUUUCUAAA